AUGAAUGCUGUUGCGACGGAGACCUGCCUGCGUGGCGAGGAUUUCCAUGGGCAGCAUCUCGCCAUGGUUGCUUGGGCCUUCAUCACCCUUCGCCAUCGUCAUGAUCCGCUCUUGCGCGUGAUCGGCCAGAUCACGAAUGGCUAUCGUGGCUUGGGAACCUGGAGCAACGCGAAGCUCCUGGCCUUCUCCUUCGCGGGUCUCCCACGGCUGGGCCCAGAUGUACGCUUGGGCUCCGAGGCCUGGACCGUCGGAGCCGUCCGCAAGCUGCUGGACCAGUUCUACGACCGCUUUCAGGCGGGAACUGGUGAGGUCGAUGCCGACGAUGCGUGGGUCGUUCACGACGCGGUGCUUCCGUGGCUGGGCCUGCCGGGGAGCAGAGAGCUGCGAGCCUCCGGAGCCUGGGAAGCCUUGAACCAGCUCCUGGCAACGCAGCGCCUGCGCUUGCAAGGCAUGCUGGAAGCCUCGGAGGAGUUCGCUGCCAUCCUUGUCUCGGAGCAGCGGCCGGAGACGAGCAUCAUCCGACGAUAUCAGGAGUGCUUGCAGACCUUCCGCAUUCGCGGCCUGGGUAGCGACCACACCUGGCGGCUUCUCGCGGGCUUCGGAGCGCUGCCGGUGGCCGCGGAGGAGGUGGCCGCCGCACGCGCCGGGACUCUUGAGCAGAGCACAUCGAAGGGGCAGACCCGCGUGGAUGGCCGAGGAGAAAGGCAGAACUGGUGCUUCUUCCGGGCCUCCGUGCACGUUCCCGCUGCACAGCCGCUUGUGGCUUCUGAACCUGGCCGGCUGCUGAAUAGCAGCGUCGUGAAGUACCGGGAGGACUGUGGCGGUUUCAUCCACGUGAAGCUCCAUCACGACCGCGUUGACCAUCGUGCCUGGGAUGCCGAAUUCCGGGCCAUGGCGCGAACGGCCGCUGCUGCGAGGGCUCUCCUGCAGGUUCCGACCCUGAGCCCGGAGGAGGCUUCGGUUCAAGCGCAGGAGAUGCUCCGCACCGGCGCGCGGCCCGAGGCAGAACUACCACGGGUGGUCACCAGGGACGCGGAGGCCUCUGUGCAAGGUCAGCUGCAGCUCUUCAUGACCGAGGUACCUUGCCUGUCUUGCAUCGGGGCCAUGGUUCAGUUUCGACGCCGCUUCCCGAACAUCGCCUUGCGGAUCCACUGGGAGGGAUUUCCAGAGAAUCCCUGA